CGCGCGCGCGCGCGCGCUCAGUCCGCCAUGCGGUGUUGGAGAGAGAGGAGCCCGGUGCUUGUCGUCCGUCCAGCCGGUCCGGUCGCGUCCCGCUCUACACGAGACGUUGCGCGCGGGAACCUCUGAACCUCUCGGACGACGCCGUCGUCUUUGCGAGCGUCGAGACUCCGCGGUGUCGUCUGCUGGAGACCAGUGAUCAGCAAGUGUUUGUGCUGCGGUCGGUUCCUCAUUUCUGUGCCUGAUGACAGGCGGGUGUGUAUGGCCGCGCUGAACGCGUGUGUGGGUUUUUCGACGCCUGUUUGGAUUACGUUCUCAAGAUGCGACCGGCUCGAGCGCUGGUGCUAGCCGUGCUGACCGCUGUUCUCGUUGGCUGUGCGGCUACCUCGGACAUCCACCGCGCCGACAUUGGCGUGCUCGUGGACCUGCACGACGAUGGACACGGCCAGGGUGCGGCUCGGCGCACGCGCUGCAGCGUGCUCAACGUGGCCGCCGUGCAGCCCGUGCUGGCCGCGCGGUGGGCCGCGCACGUCGUCUCCUCGCAGGCGCACCAGGUCGCCGUCGACGUGCGGGUGUUCGACACGUGCGCCGACCCGGCCACCGCGCUGCGGGACACGUUCCUCGCCGUCAGGGAGGCCAUCGAGCAGCAGGACGUGCCCCUCCUGGGCCUGGUGGGGCUCGGGGACGCCGAGGUGGUCGGCGAGACCGUGAGGACGCUCAACGCGUUCCAUAUCCCGCUGGUGCUCGCCUCGCCCCGCCUCGCCGAGAUGGUGCCCCCCGAGAGCAACACGCUCACCACCGCGCCCGACAUGGCGAGCAUCGUGCAGGCCGUGGUUGAGCUCGGGAAGGCCCUGGGCGUGACAUCUAUUUCGGUGGUGUCGUCGUGCCCGCACAGCCUAACUCGCUUCAGGCACGACCUGGAGGCGCGUGACAUGCGCCUAGGCCGCGUGUUGCAGGUCAAGAAGCACUUUGCCAUCCUGGGCGAUGUUGUCCGAAAGUUUCUUGAGGAGGGGGAGGAAGGCGAAACUGUUGCUUUGGUGCUUGAACCCGAAGAAAUUAGUGGCCUAGCUCAAAGUUUACGCAGUUACCGUAUUGCAUCUCGCAGAUUGCAGCUCAUUACAGGAACAAUUGGACUAAACCAUAACUUGAUGCGUCUCUGGAGGAACUUGUUUGCAGGAUCGUUCCUCAUUGAACCGCACAUGCCGGAGCUACCUGAUUUCCGUAACUACCUUUUGUCUACCUUCAGAGAGGCCCAAACAAAUGUGAAUGAAACCUUGGUGAGAGAAUACAUGUCAGUUGUGUACAGUUGCCACUGGUUCGAUGAUCUAGAAACUGCUCAGAAGCACUGUAAAAAUUUGUCAAUGAUGGAACUCUCACAUAAGCUCCAAAUCAAUCCUGAGGUUACAUUUGUUGUGAAAGCUGUGUCAGCCUAUUCAGCUGCACUAUUUUUGUUGAGAGCAUCUCGUUGUGAGAAGAGUGGAAUGACCAAGUCUUGUCUUGACUUGCUAUCACCCUAUUCGCGCCAGGCUACCUCUGAGUCUACACCUCCAUCACUGGCUAGGAGUGAUCCUCCAGACAGCACUAGUCUGCAGCAAGAAAUGCUAACAAUGCUCUCUCAGUUGAGCUUACCAUCUGGACAUGACGCUCCAUUUGAGCUCUCUGGCACCAGAAGACAUCUCACUCAUGAUGGGAGACUUGUAGCCAACAAAUAUUCAGUUGCUCGUAUCAAUGAGGAAGGCGAUGUGGUUGGGAUUGGCUGGUAUUCUGAUGAUAAGGGUCUUCUAAUUGACUCAUCCAUGCAGCGUGUUGCCAGUGCCCAACGAAAGGCCUCCACAUCUGAUAGGAAACAGCCCAGAGGAUUCUCCUCAGACUCUACUUAUCCCAUGUUCCAAAAUGAACCUCAGUUGGAUAGCCUGACUGUUGUUGGGGAGGGUGUUGAUGCUAGAAAAGUGGCACCAGACAAUUAUCUAGGGCGACUUUGGGCAACCAUUAUGGUGGCAGUGGCUGCUGUAGGUACAAUGGUCACACUUUUCAUCCUGGUUUAUGUCCUCAUUAAGAUAUGUGAUGGAACCCUUGCUGGGAAUCAAUCCCUUGGAGUGCUUCUCCUCCUGGGUAUUAUGACCUUAUUUGCUUGUGUUGUACCAUUUGUUUUACCUGUGAGUGAAACUAAAUGUGGUGUCCGAGUAAUGAUCUACCCAGUAGCUUUGGCUCUUUGUUAUGGAAUCCUACUUGUCAAAGUCAUGCAGCUGAGGUCACUGGUCCUUCUUGGUUUGGGUGGCAGGAUUUCUUACCUGAACCAAUAUAUCAUCCUAUUCUUCAUUGUCCUAGUCCAGGUUGUUAUCAAUGUCCAAUGGUACAUGACAAAUGGGCCCCACCUACGAGUAGACACUGAAGGAACCGCUUACUGUGUUGUGCCACGCUCAGAUUUCUUGAUGUUGCACACAUAUAUAGUUAUUUUGGUUAUUCUUGCCUUUGGUUAUGGCUUGUCUGUGCUGAAAAUCCGUCGUAACUACAAGGAAGGACGUUGGGUGACCCUUGCAGCUUUUCUCUCAUUGCCUAUUUUGGUGGUGUGGGGUCUGGUGUUUGGACUUGCAGCAGAACGCUAUGAUGAACUGACAACUUGCAUUGCUCUCAUGCUUCUCGCCAUGAUUCUCAUCCUAGCAGUCUUCAUCCCCAAGAUGAGUACCAUCUCAAAACGGGCCAAAGACUUUAAACAUAAGAAGAUGCAUGUGGGUGCUGAUUCAGUCAAUACUAUUUUUACCAACUUCUCUGAUCUGCAGAGGUCAUCUUCUAGACUUCAUCCUCACCACAGCAGAAGACCAGGUUCUGGGCAUGCUCCGGUUCAUAUUUCAAGAUCAUCCCCUAUGGCUGCUGUGCCUGCACACACACCUCAUUUAUUGCAGCACAACAAGCAUCUCUCUGUUCCUCAUAUGGCUGAUGCCUACUCAGAUUAUGUUACUAAGAACCCAAUUUAUGAAGUUACAAAUGGAGCAUACCCAUAGGAUUCUAAAUUUUGAAGUGGUGAGUGUGAUAUUGGUUCCAUACCACAUGUGAUGUACAAUUUAAAUUUUAAGACUGAUUUAAAGUGCCCUUCCGUUAUCAAUUACUGCAUUUGAAAUUUCUGAGCUCCUAAUUGACAUUUUGUAUAUCAUGCCUGGUAUUGCUCUUAUACUUCAUGUAUCAUUAGUAAUUAAUUGUAAAUCAUUGUAAAUAAUUGUAUCUGAUUUUUUCCCUUAGUGUAUAUAUUUUAUCUAGUACACUUAAAAGGGAUGGGGAUGAAAACAAUCAAUGAAUGAACCUUGUGGUUUCUCCUUGUGUGUGUGUGUGUGUAUGUAUGCGUGUGUGUGUGUGUUUUUUUUUGUUGUUUUUUUUACGUGUCUUUCUUAUUCGUUUCAAGUUGGGCCAGCCAGUAACUUUUGUAGAAUUGUAAUAUCUCUUGUUAUUAUGUAUAAAUAGACUGUACAUAUAAAUGAUGAAGCAUCUUGACUCAUACAAUCAUGUACAUAAUGUUAUUGUAUACAAGUGGACUAAUACUGACCGACCAAGGGUAGUACUGUCUUUUUAGGAUAUGAAGAUGAAUUAUUUACAUUAAGCUUGUUUCUUGAGGUAUCUACUACCAUGAUCUGAGCUAACAUGAUGUUAUGAAAAUUUUUGCAUGUUGAAUUGUUGAUCUAAGUACAAGAAUUAUUUUCUUUACAUCCUAUCUUUUGAUUAAAAACUCAUUAACUACUGAAUUUUUGAAAGAUAGUGGUAGUUUCAAUAGAUUUUGGUGUUGAAUGCUUAAUAAAUUUGCUUUGUUGUCAGAAUUCUGUCUGUAGAUUACAAAAAAUUAUCUCUUCAAGUUGUUUUCAUGUAAAAAUGAUAGUUGUAGUAGCCAGUUAUUCUAUUUCAUUAUCUAAUGUAGUGUAUGAGAAGCCAUUUCUUUGUGAACUAAGUCAUUAUUUAUUCUAAUGAAAUUAAUAAAGCAGCAAACUGAACAA